AUGGCCGACGCACCGCCCUCAUCGACAGCUGCGCUGGAGAACACCCAGAAGCUCGAAAAUGCGAUACGUGCCGUGAAUGAGAAGCGACCUCCGCCGGAGAUUGACUUCACACUCCACACAAUGGAGGACGGGACCCAGGUUUCUACUCUGGAGAGAGUCUGCAAAGAUGUUCAAGCUCCUGCUUUCCACAAGCCGACCGACGAACAAUUCUAUGACCCCAAUGACCGCACGAAGCCCAACCUAGCUUUCCUGAAGCAGCACUUCUACCGCGAAGGCCGCCUCACCGAGGAGCAGGCACUCUUCAUUCUCUCGCGCGCCUCCGAGAUUCUCAAAGCGGAGCCUAACCUGCUGGAGAUGGAUGCUCCCAUCACCGUGUGCGGUGAUGUUCACGGGCAGUACUACGAUUUGAUGAAGCUCUUUGAGGUCGGAGGAAACCCGGAAGAAACGAGAUAUCUCUUCUUGGGUGACUACGUGGACAGAGGAUACUUCAGCAUCGAGUGUGUCUUGUAUCUUUGGUCCCUCAAGAUCUGGUACCCGAAUACUCUCUGGUUACUGAGAGGUAACCACGAGUGCCGCCAUUUGACCGACUACUUCACUUUCAAGCUCGAGUGCAAACACAAGUAUUCCGAACGCGUCUAUGAAGCCUGUAUGGACAGUUUCUGUUCGUUGCCAUUAGCUGCUGUUAUGAACAAGCAGUUCUUGUGCAUACACGGAGGUCUUAGUCCAGAGCUCCACACGCUGGAUGACCUGCGGAGCAUCGACCGGUUCCGUGAGCCACCUACUCACGGCUUGAUGUGCGAUAUCCUGUGGGCAGAUCCGCUGGAGGAGUUUGGCCAGGAGAAGACUUCGGACUUCUUCAUCCACAACCACGUCCGCGGAUGCUCGUACUUCUUCUCGUAUCCCGCCGCGUGCUCGUUCCUGGAGAAGAACAACCUCCUCUCGGUCAUCCGCGCCCACGAAGCUCAAGAUGCUGGAUAUAGGAUGUACAGGAAAACGAAGACCACUGGAUUCCCCAGUGUCAUGACGAUUUUCUCGGCCCCGAAUUACUUGGAUGUCUACAAUAAUAAGGCUGCCGUGUUGAAGUACGAGAACAAUGUCAUGAACAUUCGCCAAUUCAACUGCACUCCUCAUCCUUACUGGCUGCCUAACUUCAUGGACGUCUUCACCUGGUCGCUUCCCUUCGUAGGAGAGAAGAUUACCGAUAUGCUUAUCGCGAUCCUCAACACCUGCUCCAAGGAAGAACUCGAGGAGGAGACCCCGCUCUCGGCUACUUCCAUGGACCCUCUGCAAUCGCCUACUACUACCGAACCCGACGUAAACAGCAUCGAGUACAAGAGACGUGCCAUCAAGAACAAGAUCCUAGCGAUAGGACGCCUCUCCCGCGUCUUCCAGGUGCUGCGUGAGGAAUCCGAGAGGGUUACGGAGCUCAAGACUGCCACUGGUGGCCGGCUCCCCGCCGGUACGCUCAUGCUGGGUGCUGAGGGAAUCAAGGAGGCGAUCACCUCGUUCGAAGAUGCCCGGAAGGUUGACCUCCAGAACGAGAGGUUGCCGCCGACGCACGAGGAGGUCGAGAAGAAGGAGAAGGACGCCAAGGCGGAGGCCAUGAGCCGCGCGGUCAGGGAAGCUGACAAUGACAAAGAGCUGAACAGAGUAGCCAGGAGAAUCAGCAUGUCAGUUUCAUCUACCACUGCGCGAAACGAUUAA